AUGUCCGAGUACUUCACACUCCCCAAGCGGGAAAAUGACGAUACUUCUAAACAGGCAGAUACACCAGGUUCUGUUCGGAGCUCUUCUAGGAAUUUGGAGCUACCGAGGAAUUACCGUUCCCUGGGGUGUAGUGACGAUGGACUCGUGUCUAUGUAUUCUAGAGAUUCUCAGUACUUGAUGGAUAUGGUUCCUGCUUCAACGAUGAUAGGAAAUGGACCAAAAUCCGGAAGUCUGUCACAUAUUGCACCAAUUGGCGGACUGGAUGGUAAAGAGAAUGAAGUGACAAAACUUGACCAGUAUAUAUUACCUAAGACAGACUUCAGAUCACCUUAUCAUGUUAAUGUACCCAUUCCCAGGAAAAUGUUGAAGAGCGAAGGGAAGAUUAAAACCAAAGAAAAGAGUAGGGAGAAGACCAAUUCUUCUGAUUUGGAUGAGGAGAAUGCUUGCGAAACUUCUUCGGAAUUUGUCAAGGAGUAUCCUACCGAUAUUUUGAUUGAUAGGUUUCGCAAAUGGAAAAUUUUUUUGAAAAGCUUGAUUGCAUAUUUUAGGGAAGCUGCCUACUCUCAAGAACAGGUUGCAAGGAUUAACUAUCAACUAAAAAAUGCUGUGAAAUUUGCUUUUCUUACUGAUUUAGAAGAGGGAACAAACAAACUGGUUGAUCCAAGUGUCUCGAAAUUGUCUACUAAGAAACCUCAGCCGCCCCCUCUAGCCGUUCAAAAAGUAGAGACCAAAUGUGAUGCAGAUGUGGACCAGUCGCAGCAAGUGCAGCAGGUAAUGGCAGAAGCGAUAACGUCUGCCUCGUCUGGUUUCAUGAAGUUUGGAUCAGGAUCUAUUCAAGACAUUCAAGUCAUUCUAAAAAAAUAUCAUUUAUCUUUGAGUAGUCAACAAUAUAAGAUUUCUAAAGAGAUUGUGGCGUACGUUAUUCCCAAGUUGACGGACCUGCGUAAGGAUUUGGCUGCCAAGAUAAAGGAAAUCAAAGAAUUGAACGGGGAUUUUAAGACUAAUAUAGAUGAGCAUGUUAAAAUAACCAAUAGACUUCUAAAUAAAUACAUUGCCUCAGUGCAGUUCUUAGAUGAAGCCUGCAAAUCGGAAAACAAACAAAGUGAAAAACUGAAACCAAAACAUGACCCAUAUCUUUUGAAGUUACAAGUGGAUUUGCAGUUGAAGAGGCAAUUGCUAGAAGAAAACUAUCUUCAAGAAGCUUUUAUAAAUCUACAAUCAGCCGCGUUACAAUUAGAAGAAAUAGUGUAUUCUAAAAUUCAGUGUGCGUUGCAAUGCUACUCAGCUUUGAUUGAUUCGGAAGCGCGGUUGAUGAUCAAGAACUUGUGUCAUGAAUUACAGCAAGGUAUUUUAUCUAGGCCACCAGCUGUAGAAUGGGAUAACUUUGUUUCCCACCAUCCGGACUGUUUGAUGAAUCUGAAAUCUAAUGACUCUAUACCACAUCCCAGGAAAUUAUCUGAUAUUGUUUAUCCCAACAUGAAAUCAUCUCUGGCCAAAUGUAUUAGGUUUGGUUAUCUACUCAAAAAAACAGAAUCUUCCAAAAAAUUUAUCAAAGGUUUUUUUUUCUUGACGACGAAUUAUCUUCAUGAAUUUAAAAGCAGCGAUUUCUAUAUAGACAACAGAUCUGCUCAUUCAAAAAAUAAAUCAUUUAAUGAACAUCCGGACGUCAGCAUUAUUGAUAAAAAUGGUACUAAUACUGUCGAUAAUUCAUCGAAUAAUGGAACACAUGAUUUGAAAUUGACUAUGAAAAGAAAAGGACUGAGUUCUUCAAAUCUGAAUCCUGUCACUAGCAUGUCUUUGAACGACUGCUCCUUGAAGGAGAGUACUGGCACAAAUUUUACUUUGCAAGGAUAUGCAAGUUUUCAGUUAUCGAAGGAGGAAUCUACAACGGAAUCAAGUGUAGCUCCGAAUAUGCCCUGUUCAACAAGAACGCAGGCUACAAAAAAUAGCAAGCAUCAACGUACUUCUUCCGGCAUCACGAUGGUGCCCGUUCCGAAUUUCUUAAAGGGAUCAUCCAGACUAAAAGAGCAAAAAAAGUCUAACGAAAAAUCAUCUAAAACUAAAAACUCUAACAUUGGCAAUAAGCCAGGUAGCGAGAAAAAUGUGGUGUGGACUUUCAGAGUAUUCUCCACAAAUCCUGAACCAACUUCAGAAGAGCUAAAACGUUUCAACAAAUGGGUUCAGGAUAUUAAAUCUCUCACAAACUGUAAUUCUACUCUUGAGAGGACGAAAUUUAUCGAGGAAAAGGUGUUGAGGAGUAGAAGUCACAAUAGUACAAGGAGCUUUCAAUGCUCGGAAAAUAGUACCUCUGUCACGCCAGUAGACAAUUUUGUUAACCUUUUUGAAAAAGUAACUCCAUCCUCUUCCGUUUCUACGUUAAACAAAAGGAAAAGAGCAAACCGCCCUCAUUAUAUAGACAUCCCGAAGAGCGUAAAUACGAAUGCAGGAGCUAUGAAUUCUGUACACAGGUCAAAAGUCAACACACCAGCCAUUGAUGAAAAUGGUAAAUUGGCCAUAGUGGGAGAAACGAAAAACAAUUCACCACAAAUUGUUACGAAUUCUGUGUUCAAAGAGCCUUCUCUAUCGCCCUAUUCACGCCAUACUAGGGCAGGCUAUUCUUACGGCCAUUCAAAUGAUAAUUUGAUGCCAUCUUCUCUUCAGAAGAUGUCAGCCUUUGGGGAAGUACCAAAAGUAGCAGUCAGUAAUCACGGGGUUGAAGCUGUUAUUUCGGCAAGUUCCUACUCUGAUUGCAGCCACAAACCGUCCCGUGUCUCUAGUGUUUCAUCCAUAGGUACUCAACACAGGACGUCUUCACCAUCACCAUUACAAAACCUACCAGGUGUUUCACCUACUUGUUUGCCAUUGGACGAUAAUGCAAAUGGAUACUUUGGAAUACCGUUAAAUUGUAAUUCAGAAUCAGGAAGAGGGUCUGAGCUUUUUGCUUUUGAGAAUGAGUCUCCAUUAUUAGAGGAGAGCAGAAAUCAACACUUCAGCUAUCGUCGUAAAAGUUCGGCCGGUUCAAUACCUCGAAAAUAUGAUAUGAGGGUGGAAUUAAAUAAUUCAAGGCCGAACAACAGCAGUGAUGAGUAUAUAUAA